AUGGUGCGACUAGGGAAGCUAGACGAGUACGACGAGAAGGAUCAGAAUUUUGAAUCCUAUUUAGAACGCUUCGAGCAUUUCGUCACAGCAAACGAUAUCAAAGAGGAAAAGAAGCUGGCCGUAUUCUUGAGCGUGAUAGGACCACGAACGUACGAGGUGCUGAAAAGCUUGCUAGUACCCGCCGUUCCUGGGGAUAAAUCCUUUCAAGAGGUGAGAGUGCUGUUACAGAAGCACUAUAGCCCAAGCUGUUCGGUCAUCGCUGAACGUUGCAAAUUUAACAGGCGAGCCCAAGAAGAACAAGAAAGCGUCGAGGACUUCAUAGUGGCCUUAAAGCAUUUAGCAAGGAAGUGCGAUUUCGGUCUGUUCCUGCAAGACGCACUGCGAGACAGAUUAGUGGCAGGCAUAAGACGCGAAGGAACGCAACUCGCCUUGUUUGCUGAAGAAAAUUUAACCUUUGAUAAGGCGUGCAAGAUAGCCUUGGACCGGGAGCAGGCUGCGCGACAAACAGCGUUACUGCAGGCAGAAGGCAAGGAAGCGGUGCUGCAUGCCAUGGCGAUAAGAGGACAGGGAACUGAAAAGAAAUGGAAGCUUCGGAAGUUCAAGGACG